AUGAGCCUUCGUUGCCAGUUGCCGUCGAGGGAUCUAGACGCUCUGGUAUUGAUCACCUCCCCUAAGGACCUUGUAAAUCUCAUCGAAGAGUACGACAAGGCCACGUCACCACCUUCGUCUCUGAAGAUUAGAGCGUUUCUCUCACCGCCGAAACCUCCCAAAAAAUCUUUCUCUUUUCCCCUUCCUCCUCCAAUCCCUAACUCCUCAAUGUCUUCAUCAAAAUCAUCAUUGUCGUGUUCCAUUUUGUCUUCGUCUCACAAUCCCACCGACACCACCCCGAGGUUUUCGGCGCUAGUGGCCGACGUGUGCCUCCGCAAGAUCUUGCCACCGGUUGUUCCAUUUCAGAGAUCCACAGCAAAGAUCAAGCCUCACUGUGCUUACCGUGCUCAUGGAAAACCUAGCAACAUCUACCUCAUCCACAACGAGAAUCAUUGGCAAUAG